CUGCCUCUUACUUCUUUUUUUUUCUGUCCUUUCUGGCUUUGGUGGCUUUCUUGAAGUGGUUCAGUGGUGCCUGCAGCCUCACCAUUCCUUCUCUCUGCAGCGAUGGCUCACAGAGUCCUUCUGUUAACAGCCUUGGCCUUAAGUCAUGGGUUCAACCUGGACACUAAAAACCCAGUGAUCUUCCAAAACAAUGCAAAGGGCUUCGGGCAGAGUGUGGUCCAGCUUGAAGGAUCCCGGCUGGUGGUUGGAGCCCCCCAGGAGAUAAAGUCUGCUAACCAAACAGGUGGCCUCUACCAGUGUGACUACAGCAUGGGCACGUGUGAGCCCAUCCUCCUGCAGGUCCCUCAACAGGCUGUGAACAUGUCCCUAGGCCUGUCUCUGGCAUUUGCCACCAAACCUUUCCGGCUGCUGGCUUGUGGCCCCACUGUGCACCAAACUUGCAAGGAGAACACUUAUGUGAAUGGCAUGUGCUUCCUGUUUGGAUCCAACCUACUGCAGCAGCCCCGGAGGUUCCCAGAGACCUUCAGAGGGUGCCCUCAGCAGGACAGUGACAUCGCCUUUUUGAUUGAUGGCUCUGGUAGUAUCAACCCAAGAGACUUUCAGCGGAUGAAGGAGUUUGUCUCAACUGUGAUGAGUCAAUUUCAAAAGUCCAAAACCUUGUUCUCUUUGAUGCAGUAUUCUGAAGACUUCCAGAUUCACUUCACCUUCAACGAUUUCAAGAGAAACCCUUACCCAGAACUGCUGGUGAGGCCAAUAAUACAGCUGCUUGGGAGGACACAUACUGCCACAGGAAUCCUCAAAGUGGUAAGAGAACUGUUUCACAGCAGCAGAGGAGCCAGAGAGAACGCCCUUAAGAUCCUAGUUGUCAUCACAGAUGGAGAAAAGUUUGGUGAUCCUUUGGAGUACAAGGAUGUCAUCCCUGAAGCAGAUAGACGUAGAGUCAUUCGCUAUGUCAUUGGGGUGGGCGAUGCCUUUAACAGUAAGAAAUCUCGCAAAGAGCUUAAUACCAUUGCAUCCCAGCCGUCUCGUGAUCACGUGUUCCAGGUGGAUAACUUUGAAGCUCUGAAGACCAUUCAGAACCAGCUUCAGGAGAAGAUCUUUGCGAUUGAGGGUACGCAGUCAGGAAGUGCCAGCUCCUUUGAGUAUGAGAUGUCUCAGGAAGGCUUCAGUGCUGCCAUCACCUCUAAUGGUCUCUUGCUGGGCACUGUGGGGAGCUUUGACUGGGCUGGUGGAGCCUUUCUGUAUAUAUCAAAGGAUAAAGUCACCUUCAUCAACACAACCAGGGUAGAUUCAGACAUGAAUGAUGCUUACUUGGGUUAUGCUGCCGACGUCAUUUUCCGGAACCGGGUGCAAAGCCUGGUUCUGGGGGCGCCUCGGUAUCAGCAUACUGGUCUGGUGGUGAUGUUCAGACAGGAUACUGGUGCCUGGGAGAAAAUCGCCGAUGUCAAGGGCAGCCAGAUUGGCUCCUACUUUGGAGCCUCCCUCUGCUCUGUGGAUGUAAACAGAGAUGGCAGCUCUGACCUGGUCCUCAUCGGGGCUCCCCAUUACUAUGAGCAGACUCGGGGGGGCCAGGUGUCCGUGUGCCCCUUGCCCAAGGGGAGGGCUAAGUGGCAGUGUGGGGCUGUUCUGCGAGGGGAGCAGGGCCACCCCUGGAGCCGCUUUGGGGCAGCCCUGACAGUGAUGGGGGAUGUGAACGGGGACAAGCUGAUGGACGUGGCCAUCGGGGCCCCGGGAGAGCAGGAGAACCAGGGUGCUGUCUACCUGUUUCAUGGAACCUCAGGACUGAGCAUCAGCCCCUCCCACAGCCAGCGGAUCGCAGGCUCUCAGCUCUCCCUCAGACUCCAGCAUUUUGGUCAAUCACUGAGUGGAGGCCGGGAUCUCACAAUGGAUGGACUGGUGGACCUGGCCGUAGGGGCCCAGGGGCACGUGCUGCUGCUCAGGUCCCAGCCUGUGCUGAGAGUUGAAGUGACCAUGGAGUUCACACCCCGGGAAGUGGCGAGGAGUGUAUAUGAAUGUACUGAAAAGGUGGUGAAAAGCCGGAGUGCUGGGGAGGUCAAGAUCUGCCUCCAAGUCCGCAAGAGCACGUGGGACCGGCUAGGAGAAGGAGAUACCCAGAGCAGCAUCACAUAUGACCUGGCUCUGGACCCAGGCCGCCCACAGUCCCAGGCCAUCUUUGAUGAGACAAAGAACAGCACGCGCAGACGUGUGCAGACGCUGGGGCUGAGUAGGAAGUGUGAGACCCUGCAGCUACGGUUAAUGGACUGUGUAGAUGACUCAGUGACCCCCAUUGCCCUGCGCCUCAACUUCUCUCUGGUGGGGAAUCCCUCGCCCUCUUUCGGGAACCUCAGGCCAGUGCUGGCUGUAGAUGCUCAGAGACUCUUCACAGCCUCGUUCCCCUUUGAGAAGAACUGUGGUAAUGACACUAUCUGCCAGGAUGACCUCAGCAUCACCUUCAGUUUUAUGAACCUGGACACCCUGGUGGUGGGUGGUCCCCGGGACUUAAACGUCAUGCUGACUGUAAGAAACCAGGGCGAGGACUCCUACAGAACUCAGGUCACCUUCUUCUACCCAUCUGGCUUGUCCUUUCGGAGGGUGUCAGGUGCCCAGAACCAACGCUCACAGAGGUCCUGGCGCCUGAGCUGCGAGUCUGACGUCUUCACUGAAGGGUCUGGAACCCUGAAGAGCACCCCCUGUAGCAUCAACCACCCCAUCUUCCCAGACAACUCAGAGGUCACCUUUAAUGUCACAUUUGAUGUGAACCCUGAUGCUUCGCUGGGAAAAAAACUGCUUCUCAAGGCCAAUGUCACCAGUGAGAACAACAUGCCCAGGACCAACAAAACCGAAUUCCAGCUGGAGCUGCCUGUGAAAUACGCCAUCUACGUGCUGGUCAACAGCCUCGAGGUCUCCACCAAGUAUCUCAACUUCACAGCCUCAGAGAAGACCAGGCACAUUAUAGAGCAUCAGUAUCAGUUCAACAACCUGGGCCGGAAGAAGCUCCCCAUCAGUGUGGUCUUCUGGGUCCCUAUCCGGCUGAACCAGAUGACUGUGUGGGACCGGCCCCAGGUGACCUUCUCCCAGAACCUCUCCAGCAGGUGCUACACCAAGGAGGUCUCCCCACCGCGCUCCGACUUCCAGGCAGAGCUGAACAAGAACCCAGUGCUGAACUGCUCCAUUGCUGUCUGCCAGAGAAUCCAGUGUGACAUCCCGUCCUUUGGCGUCCAGGAAGAAUUCAGUGUCACCCUCAAGGGCAACCUCUCAUUUGACUGGUACAUCAAGACUUCACAUAAUCACCUUCAGGUUGUGAGCACAGCGGAGAUCGUGUUUGAUGACUCGGAGUUUGCCCUGCUUGCAGGCCAGAGCGCAUUUGUGAGGGCCCAGACCGAGACCAAGGUGGAGCCGUACGAAGUACAUAAUCCUGUACCGCUUAUCGUGGGCAGCUCGGUGGGCGGGCUGGUGCUCCUGGCCCUCAUCACUGCCGCUCUGUACAAGCUCGGCUUUUUCAAACGGCAGUACAAGGACAUGAUGAGUGAAGGUGGUCCCCAGGCGGCUGAGCCCCAGUGAUGGCACCUUCACCACCGAGUGGCCUCUCCUGCAGCAAACAGGAUGUGGUUGGGCCAGUGAGCAAGCAGGUCCCCAGGCUGCUGGACAGACACGUCUGUUAGGAGACCGGGGCGGGGAUAUCUCAGGAGUGAGCAACUUGUUUGGGUUUCCAUUGGGGGGUGUGUGUGUGUGUGUGGGUGAGUGUGUGUGUGUGUGUGUGUGUGUGUGUGAACUGUGUGUGUGGUCCUGAUGUCUCUGGCAUGAGGACAAGGGCCUUCAGCACCAUGUCUUGGGCAGAAGGGAAUUGCUUGGGCUUCCUCAUGCGUGGGCGAAGGUGCCACUGGUCCUUCCUCUGGUACAGAGGUGCUGGCAGCUCAUGUGGGCGAACACAAAGGGGAACACAGCACAUCCUCCCCAGGCUGAAGGAAGCGAGACCUCCUUUUGUGGGCGAGCACGCAGGCCUGCAGGGGCCUGUGCAGCUGGGGCUGAGUCCACACAGAGAAGCCAUGGUUGAAGCAGGGUCUGGCCAGCCAUCGGGAGCCUGUCCAGCCUGUCCCGCACUAGAGCUGAUAGGUCCAAUGAGCAAUGGUGCACCUCCCUUUAUAUAUUCACUUAUUUAUUAUUUCAGUGCUACUUUUGUGCUUUGAAUGGAUAAAUCUGCCCAUAGUACAAAAAUCCAAAGAUGUGCAUGGAUAUGUGGUGAAAAAUCUCCCUUCCAUCCCAGUCCCUGAGCCAUUCAGUUCUCUCGUAAAAGACAGUCAAGGUUAUGUGUUUUGGGGUCUCCUUCACAAGGAUUCUAGGCAUAUACAACACACACACACACACACACUUUUUUUUUUAAUGGCAGCACGCGUUAUUUAUACUGUUUUGCAUCUUGCUCUUUCCAGUAAUGUAGCUCAGACAUUGUUUCAUACCAAGACAUAAAGUACUUUUUCAUUCUUUUACAUAGUGGCACAGUGGUCCAUUGUGUGGGUGGAUCAUAACGUCCUUGAUCAGUCUCCCUUUGAUAUAUUAUUUCCAACCUCUCAAGACGACAAACAAUGGUGAAUUAAUAAAUUGAAUGUGUGUCA